AUGGGGGGGGGGCUGCUCAGCGGUGGGGUUCAGUGUGGGGAUCCUGCCUGCGGAUUUCUCUCCAUCUCCAGCCUGGGACGUCUUGCCACCCUCCCUUCGGGGCAGCCCUGGAGCCUUCGUGGUACCAGGUCAGUCCGACCGCGAGCCCCGGGUGCUGGCGACCUACCAGCAGCCCAGCUGACUCUGUUCCUAACCCAGGUCCCCAGGGGCCGCGUCCGCGGCCUGCCCACGACCUCCGGGGGCAAGCGCUUCCAGCUCUGGGCCCUGGGACUCUUCUGCACGGAGCGCCACCUGGCCCAACGCCUUAAGCACGACAGCUUCUACCCGUUUACCCAGCAGCAGCCCAAUGUCUUCGUGCUCGAGUACUACCUGGACACGCUGUGGAAGGGCGCUCUGCUCUUCGUCGUCUGCCUCGUCCUCGUCAGCUUCGGCCUCGUGAGCCAGGUGCUGAAGCAGGAGACGUGGGGCUUCCCCGCGUGCGGCGUGGUCGUUGGCCUGUGGCUCCUGAUCUCGUCCCUGCCCCGUCGCCGCCUGGUGCUGAACCACACGCGCGGCACCUACCACUUCUCCAUCCAGGGCCGCACGGUGUGCCAGGGGCCCAUGCACCUGGUCUACGUGCGCCUGGCGCUCAGCUCCGACGCCUACGGAAGGUGCUUCUUCCAGUUGGUUCUGUGCGGCCACCAGCUCGAGCCGCUGGUGCUGGUGCAGCUGUCCGAGCGUUACCAGCAGAUGGAAUACCUGGGCCGUCACAUUGCCCGGAAGCUCAACAUUAACUACUUUGACUGUUCGGCCACCUCGUACCGGCACGUCGUCCGCCACUGGCCGCUGGGGGCCACAUUCAGCCCUGGCAUCCUGCAGCGCAAGCCGGGCACUUACAAGAGACGGAGCUUCCAGUCCUACCUGGACGUGUAACACCAUAGGCAACCCCCAGACCACACUCUCCCUUCCCGGCCAGCCUCUCCCCUUCACCCCACUGCUAGUCUCCCUCUCAGUAAAGCCAUCUCUUGCUUCCAGACAAGUGUUUCCUCCGUG